AACGUGCAGACGUCUCUCGCUCUCAUUCGACAAAAAAUUGAAGGCACAUCACAUUUCGUGUGUGGCAUUUGAUAGAAGUAGAUUGAGAUAGAUUCAGUGAACUGGUAAAUUCACACAUCAAUACACACCUCGAGUGGUAUGUUUAUCUUGACCUGGUACAAAAUCGCUUCAGGUUGAUAAAACCGACCAAAAAUUAUACAUUCCAAAAAAUAAACAGACACACACACACAUUGAGUGGACAGUUGAUAAAUAAAAAAGAAACUAUAUGAAUAGAUGCGAACGACGCCAAUGGGCCAAAUGCACAAAACAAACUAGCCAAAUGUAUUUGUUUGGUCGUUUGCAUUUGGAUUUGGUGCUGAAGUGAAUUUUUAUGAGUGUUUUUUUUCGGCAUUUUUGUUUCGAUGCUACGGCACAAAUGACAUAAUUCAAAAGCCGAAUACGAAACCAAAUGGCAUUUCAGCCCCUUUCAAAACGAAGAAAUGAUUACAUUAUUUUUUGGAUAAAAAUGCGUUAAGUGUUCCAAUGACUUUAGCCUUUUUCUCUCUCUCUCAUUCUAGUGUGCUUCAAUUUUGUUGUGUAUUGUAGAGAGUUGUUAUAUAUCCAUCAUGCGAAUAGAUAUCAAUAUCCGACGUUCCAAGUGAAUGUGUUUUAUAUAUAUUUGUGAAUGCGUUGAGAGUGUAUCUUUCAUUUAGUCACCAAUUGAUGGUGAUAUAUACAAAAAAAGCGCCCAUUUUGUGACACAAACAAGAACAAGCCAAACUUUUGCACAAAAAGGAAAAAAAACUGCCAAACUAUAUAAAUAAAUUAUGAUAAAGACGCAUGAAUGUGCUACUAAAUGACGAGCGAAAGAAAGAAAAUGAUAGAAAAAACAGUGCACCAUCAUCGUUGAAUAUUAUCAAAAGUUGUGAGAAAAAACAAAUUCACAAAGUCGACGAAGAAAAAAGGGAAAAUUGUUUUUUUUUUCUUCGCUUCUCAUGAGCAAGACUUUUGACAAAGUGAGAGAGACAAAUAUAUAAAAAAUAUUAGUUCGAUAUAUUCGAAGCGAUUUACGAAUUGAUUGAUCGAUUCUCGUAUUAGUUGUGACAUCUUUUUGCUUGUCUUUUUCGCACAGACUAGAUACUAUUUUGGCUGACGCCACCAGCAGCCCACUUUUUUAAUGUAUGCUUGUGACACAAAUUUAAUCCGAUUUAUGCAAUUUGCCAACGCGAUUUUUUCUCACUUACACCAUUUCAAACCUUGAACAAAACAAACAAAAAUUGACAAACCUCGAAAAACUCAAAAAACUCGAACAAAAAAAGCUGAAAAAGGGAAGCUUUUAAAUAUAUGAGUGUGACAUUGUUUUCCGUACGCAAACACAAAAAAUUAUUUGUGUUUGGGGUUAAAAACACGUACCACAUUGAUUGAUUGUCGUUCCGACGAAUUUCGAGUGGAUGUCAUUUAAUGACAAAUGAAUAACAAUCGAAAUACGAGCGCUAGAGUUGAAAAAUUCGGUAUUUGUGUGCAGUGAAAUCGAUUUAAUAUAAUAGUGAACAGGUUGAAAAUUUUACGGCAAUCGAUUUUUUUUCAUAUUGAGCGAAAAUAACCAACGUUUUGACAUUGAAUUCCAUAAAUAACUCAAAUGCUCGGGCGAUAAAAAAGAACAAUUCCAUUGCAAAAACAAAAGAAUCGACAGACUUGCUGAAAAAAAAACAAGACUAAGUUGGAAGAGAGACACAGAGUGGGUAAAGUGACUUUGAAACAACAGUGAACGAACACAAAAACCUGAACAAAUUGACAAAAAUGUGCAAUACAUUGUGCGGCGGUUAAUUCAAUUGUGGUUGGAUUAUAAAUAAUAGUAACAAAUUUAGCUAGAGACACGGGAACGACAUUAUGACAAAUAUGACGACAUCAGGAAGUUUAUUGCUACUAUCAUUUUUAUUGAUUAUUUAUAAUGGUGGAUUUCAGAAUGACAAAAUGUCCGUUGGAACGGUGUUUCGUAGACGGCUAAAUAGUUUAAUUGCAUCAAGAAUAAUGCGAACAACAUCAAAAAUGUUUGAAACGUUUGCAUUGGUUAUGGCAAUGGCAUCGUUGGUGAGUGGCAACGUGGCUGUGGCAUCUGUCGCAUCGCCAACAAUCGGAUUUACAGAACAACCACAAUUUCAACCACAUGCAGCAGCAUUAAUUUCAUCGCCAUCCGCUUCCGAUUCGGUAUCCGCAUCAUCGUCCACGUCCAUCACAAAACCCGAUUACGGAAUUACAAAUGUAACCGCACAAAUUGGAACAAAUGCAUAUCUGCCGUGUAAAGUGAGACUAGUGUUUAACAAAUCUGUAUCGUGGGUGAGGGUCCGAGAUGAUCACAUUUUGACAGUUGAUCAAAUCACAUUUAUAGCUGAUGAACGCUUUCAUGCGUAUCAUGCCACAGAAAAUAGUGCAUCGCAAUCGUCAGCCAUGUCAACAUUAUCAAAUCAACGACAACGCCAAUUAAGCGGCAGCGUUGCAUCUAAACCUAACAACGACCAUAACAAUACUAGCACAAAUUCAGCAAAUGCACCAUGGACACUACAAAUUAAAUUCGUUCAAGCUCGCGAUGCUGGCCUAUAUGAGUGUCAAAUUUCGGCCGAACCAAAAAUCAGCGCCCGUGUCUAUUUGCAUGUUGUCGUACCUAAGACAGAGCCCAUGGGUGAUACGGUGCGUUAUGUAAAGGAGGGUAGUCGAGUAACAUUGCAUUGCGUCAUUAGCGGUGCAAUCGAUCCACCGUUGUACGUGAUUUGGUACCAUGGACAACAACAAAUCUUCUCCGAUAAUACACGACAUUGGAAAACCGAAGUCUCACAUCAAGAUGUGAAUUCGAAUAAAUUGGUAAAGGCAAGCGAUGAAAACGAAGCGCUCGCACUAACCCAACAAUCGAUGUUCGAUUCAAGGAAAACGGUGGGCUCAUUGUUCAUACCGGCGAUUAAGAAGAAAGAUUCUGGGAAUUACACGUGUUGUCCAAGCAACAGUCCAAGCGUCACCAUUGUGCUACAUGUCAUUAAUGGUGAAUAUUCAGCGUCGGCCAUCACAUCAUCAUCAUCAUCGUCGUCCGGUUCUGAAUAUCAACGAAAGUCGUUUAAUCGCUUUUUAAAUAUUGUAUGCUUUGGCAUUACGUUAAUUACACUGUUAAUCACCACAUGACAAUACAGCGAAAUUGAAUUAUCAUCCAGUAAGUGAGCACGUGAAUACAGUGGCUUCCUCUGUUGCCGCCGAGCCCCCCGUUGUGCAUCAUUCAAAACGACACUUUGCCCAUCAUCAUCGUCGUCGUCGGAGAGAGAGAGAGAGAGAGAGAGGUAUAAAAUGAUAUGGAUGACAACAAAAACACAACACCCAUAAGUUUCUAUAUAUAGAUUUAUACCUGGUAUUUAAAAAAAAACACAUAUGUAAUUAUGUAUAAGGAUAUUAAGGAUGGUAAUGUCAGAGUGUAUACCGAACCACAUCAUCGUAUGUGUGUGUGUGUGAUGGAAAAUUGAUAGAUUGAUGGCGCUAUGCAAACAUACACCCACACUCGAUCCAUUGAAUGACGAACAAGUUUAUAUUUAAAGCAUAAAACCAUAAGAUUAUAUGUAUGAAAAUCCAUAGAAAUGAGGCAGUCGACUCGAAUGAAUCGAAUUAUAGGUAAUGGCAUUCAUAAAGUUGGUUAGGUGGCAUCGAUUAAAAGUGCAUAAUUUAAAAUGUGAACAGGGAAUAAGUUGACGGAACCAUUGCCAAAAUAACCACAUUUUUUGUCCGGCAGGAGACAAUUCUUCUCCAUUGACAAAUGUUGGACGAUCAUUUCCAAUGUUUAUUGGAUGCAAAAAAAAGACAGACUGCCGUAAAACUGAAUGACCAAACUAAAAUUUUUACUAGCACCGCAUGUGACGCUUCGAUAUUCCCCAUUCGUUGUCAUUCUCCAUCGUUGGUUUCCAUCGAACUUUCUCCAUCGACCGGAAAAAACGUAAUAUGUUUUUGUGUUGCCAAAAAGUUUAAACCAACUUAAAUCUCCAUUCGAUGUAAUUCAUUUCCUGGGCGAACACAUGGUUUUUAUUGAAAUAAUAUCUCCGAAUUCAUUCGGUGGUGCCAAUGUCAGUGUAUCUCUUGGAGUCGACACCGUGCGUGUUUGCCCGCAUUUUCAUGACUUUGGUGAAAGUUUUCUUUUGGCGGUGUUUUUGUGACCGAUUGCAAAGAAGCAAUGAGCAAAGAAGCGAUGAUGACAAUUUUUUCCUUUGACUUGGUAAGACUGGUGGUUUUUAAUAGCUGCUGUAUAUCUCAAUCGCUCUCGUGGGACAGUGUUUGGCCGUCACCGCUGCCGUCGCCGUCGCUGAACUCUCUGCGGAGUCAAUCUAUGUUUACACUCUUUUUCAAAGUGAAAAAAAUAAUAAUAAUGCCAAGUAUGUCGCUCUAUCAUAAAAUCGACCUGAAAAACCACAACAUCGCGCACAUUGAAAACAAUGACUACCGCGACAAUGAUGAAAAGUUGAGAUUAUACACCAAAGAACAAAAAUAACUCAAACCAUAAGCAGCUAUUGUCGGUAACCAACGGUAUUCGCCUUUUUUCUACUCGAUUUUCACCGCUACGAUCUCAGUUCACGACACAAAUCCAGAUAAAAGUUGUCAAGUGUUGUUUAUUCACCGUUGAACAAAGCGACGGAAAAAAGAGAGAAAGUGAGAACAAAAGAAACUAGUAACAGGAAACAAUGAAAAAAUUUGCCACAAUUUGGUUGUGUUUUUCCCUCCUGCGAAGUGAACAGACGAAAAAUACUCUCGUGAAUGAUGGAUUUGUGUUUUUUUAUUAUUCGCUCGCACAACUUUGGACAUUGUUGUUUGCAAAAUGAUAAAUACUCACGGUCUAUUUCACAUUUUGUUUCGCUCACCCGAAGAAACAAACAAAAACCAUAUUUUGAAAUCAAAAUACUCGAAUAAAGAAUUUCAGUAGCAACUUUGUAACAAACGUUUCAUAUUUGUUUUAUUUUUGAUGACAAAGUUAUUUGUUUGCAUUUGAGAUUUUGCGUGAUUUGAUAAAGGUCUUUUUUUUACUUUCGUCCACGGAAAUUUCAAAUUAAAACAAUUAGAUGGAAAUAAAUGAACAUGAACUUGAAAAGAAUUUGGCAACUGUUCAUUAUUGUCACAUGGAUGUUUGGUAGCACCAGUUGGAUCUACGAUAUUUUCGCUUGGAUAUUCCGUCAAGAUAUUCAUUCACACUGCCAACUAUGAAAAACACUCAUGAAAACUAUGGUAAAUGUUCAAAAUCAUUCAUACAAUUCAGAAAACUACAUGAAAAUAUUCACGUAGAUAUUCUAAUAAAGAUUAAAAUUGAAAUCAAAAUAUAAGAGCUCACACACUCUGUGUUUCAAAACCCGGAGAAUUGGUAGCUGUCACUGAAAUGGAGGUUCGGAAAUAAAGUAUAAAAGUUUUGAAGUUGCACCUUUUUCUGUCAAGAAAAUUUAUGACGAAGUAGAAGAAAAUGAUCGAAAUUCGAUUAAUUUGAUUAAUAAUAAUGAGCAUUUGAAAGGUGCGAUACGAAGGAUUGAAACAUGGAAAAAGAGGAUUUUGAAGAAGGAAAAAGUUGAACGAUUUGAAAUUUUCAAAAUUUGGUUCAAAAUCAUUUUAAAUUAGAAGCAAAAAAUGGACUUUGUUAGAACAUAUGACAACAAUGAUUUGCUUUUUAAUGAACGUUUAUUUGCUUUUCAUUUAAAUAUGUAAAAAAGGGCGAUUAAAUUACUCUUGAAGCUUCCAUUCGAAUCAUAGUGGGUUGGUCACAAAACAACAAUAAUUUUCUUAUUUAAGUCGAUUUGGAGUCAAAUAAUAUAGAGAAAUGCUGAGAAUUCCGUCAGAUAACGUUAAUAUCGAUAAAUAAAUCCAUGAGAAUAAUUUGGCAAAUAAAUUAGUAUAUUAUGAUUUUAUGACAACGAUAUUUUCUAGCUUUAUUUGUGUUUCAACACCGAUUUUGGAGCAUCGUACGUUACUGUGCAUUUCUUAUUCUGAUUUUAACUUCACCUCAUAUUCCAGGGGACUUGAAACCGAGUAAAUCAGCCUGGAGUGUAAUAAUAGGUCAAUAAUAAUCGAUUAGCUCACGAGUAACGUUCUCCAUAGGAAGAAAAGAGGAAUUUGCUUGGAAAUUUCAAAUCUGUAUUUUGGGAAUAUUAAAUUAUUAAAUAUCCAAAUCUUUUAUGCCGAAUUUCUUCAUUCUGUUCGAGUCAAUUAGUUCAUAAUAAAUGCAAUUAUUUGUAUUUUUUCUAAAGUGAAAACAUAUAUAAAGGUAUUCAAUUUCUUUUAUUCAUCUUUUAUUAACGAUUCUCUCGAUAAUCAAACUAAUAUUCAUUAUUUCAAGUGGAUAUUCUGUUUUCGACAUCAGAUGGUUAAGUAUUAAUUAGAAUUCAUGAAAUUUGCUUUACGGAUUUAUUUGAUGAGUCACAAUAGAUGAAUUGAUCAUUUUUUCGCACCAUGAACAGUUUCCAUAUGUCGAUUGGCAUCACCAAUCAGUGGAAAACGCGCAUCGCACAAUUUGCAUGGAAACGGUUUUUCUCCUGUGUGAUGGUUACGCAUGUGGAGUUUUAACUGUGUUGUACCUUGCAUGAUCUUUUUACAAAGAUAGCAUUGAUAUCCACGACGUUUGCAUUGCACUUGAUGUUGAUCCUUAUCGUCUUCCUUUGCAAAUGGUCGAUGACAUUGUGUGCAGCGGUAUGGGUGUGGUUUGGAAUGUAUUGCCAAAUGCUUAUUGAGGUGACCUUUCUGAAUGAAUUUCUUUCCACAAUUAGCACAUUGAAAUGGUUUAUCACCAGUGUGCUUCGAUUGCAUGUGAUACUUCAAAUUACCACGGUGGAAGAAUUUGUAUUCACAGAGAUAGCAUACAUAUCGUCGAGGGUUACAUCCAUCCUCAUGUGAUUGUUUUUCAACUUCUUCUUCGUAUCGAUGACCACAUUUCAAACAUCGAAAUGAAAGUUUUGGACCGUGGAUUUUCUUAUGGCGAUGCAAUUUACUCUUUUGUUUAAAAGCCUUGGCACAUACUCCACAUUCGAAGGGUUUUUCGCCCGUAUGCGUUCGAAUGUGUAUUGUGAGAUGUGAUUUCUUUUUUGUCACAUAAUCACAGAAAUGACAUUUGUGCUUUUUCUGUCCAAUGGAGGCUCGACCAUUCGAUGGUUUGUUGGAACCCUUUGAUUUUUCGCCUUUUGGCUUCUUUCCUUUUGCAUGCUGUUCACGAUUGUUGCUUGAAUUUGGUCUUUCAUCGCAUAAAUCUUCACCAAUCGGACCAUCACUUGCACCUUCGUUUGAGCUUGCCUUCGGUGCUGCAUCUUGCUUUUUCUUCAAACAUUCCUCCUCCUCCGAUUUGAUCUCGUCCUUCACAUAGUCAGCAUCGUAUGGAACAUACUCGCUAUCACUUUCGCUUACCGAUUUAAUAGUACCGCCGGCUUCAACUGGUGAUUGUGGUGACAAUGGUGGGUAUGCAAUCAGAUCAACACCAUCUCCUGACUCCACUUCUUCUUUGAUUUCAACUUCUUCUUUGAUUUGGACUUGUGAGUGUCUUCCUUUGCAUUUGUAUUUGCGCUUAGCUCUUCCACCCAAAGCACCUUUUGUUUGAUACGGAUUCAUCGUGGUUCUGUUUGAUAUAAAAAUAAUCAAUUGACACAAAUGUGAGGUUAGAAUUCAUUGGACACUAGGCAAAUUUUUGGUAUUUUCCAGUCAAUAACUGAUUUAUCUACAAAUCUAUAAUAAUCCUAUACCAUUGCUUCUUUUGCUAAACGAAAUCUCAAUUAAUUCUUCAAUAGAUUUGAUCAUUUGGAGCAAGAAGAAUUUAAUUUGUAAAACGCAACAAGUGAAAAUUGAACAAUAUUUCAAAUCGAUUUUCUUGUUCCAAUUCAUACAUAAUUGUUUUGCUCUCAACGAAACUCAAUUGAGUUUCUUCAUAUUUUCCUUAUUUGUUUAUCGCAAUUGAUAUGAAAACCCUUGAAAAUCUAUGGAAAACUCACCUCUUCACUGUCCUUGUACAAAAACGAGUACUCCUUUAGUAUAAAAGACGUGUGUUGUUAGAGUCAGCGUAAUUCAACUAUGUUAUGCGCGAUGGACGCCAUUUUUCUUUUGUUUCGUUUCGCGAGGCAGAAUGAAGUUAGUUAGACACACAUUCAGUUGUCAAAAAAGUUUAAUUAUUUUCAAAUUUUAAAUUAUGAAUACAUUUUGACUUCGAUGUAUCCUUAUGCAUAUUGCAUUGCAAUGAAUUAAAACGAAUUUAUUUAACCAAAUGAGGUUUUCAUUCACAUUUUUCUCGAGUAAAAUAUUUUGUUUCGAUAAAAUAGGAUGAAUAUGAAGCAAAAAAUAGAAAGACCGCAAGAUUUAUUCGUUAACAUAUAUUUUAUUGUUCAAUUAAAUAGCAAACAAGAAUUAAACUUUUUGAAUGCGAUAUAGGGAACAGCUAGCUCAAUCAAAGCUUUCAUUCUAAAUGGAAUGAUUCUACCGAUAGAAGAAUUUAAUGUACAAACAAAGUUGACAAUUCUUUUUUCUUCCAUUCGUGUUGCUUCGAUUUCUGCAGUCCCACGUGCCAGCUCCAAAGCUCCUGGGAUUGAUACGCGCACAGUGUGACCAGAGCUAUAUUAAACUUAACAGAGAGUGUGUAAUAAAUUAAUCCAAAAAAAAACCCUGACAAAAGAAAGCAGAAAAUUUAUUGUGUAUUAAGUAAAUGAACUAAUUAUAUUUAUAGCAGCAAGAGUACAUGGAGUAAAUAAAUGUCCGACUGAAUUUUCAUCGGAAAUUAAAUGUAGAUAAAGAGAAAUGUUCAUGAAAUAAUAUAAAUAAUAAAUAAAAGUCUCAUUUCUUGACAAAUUUCAUGUAAAGAUAAAAGGAGCGAUAAGAUAACAAAGAUAAAUCCAACAGUAUGACAUGUGAUUUGAGUGAAAAUCUUGAGAAAAUAAAAUGAUGAAAGAUUUCAUAUAGAUAACGAUAAGAAUGAACAAUUUAUGCGUAUUUUAAAAUAAUUUUUUGCUGAAUGUGGUCAUUUAUGUUAAUUGUGCUAUAUGUGCUUGAUUUCCCGCUCGGCUUUCAUUACACAAACACUCUGGGGAAGCGGCCGACAUAAAUAACAACAAUGAUAUACGUAUUUGUUUAUAUAGAUAAUAAUAUUUACGACGAGAUGUCGCAUGGAACUGACGACAAAAUAAAUCAACACAAAACGUCACCCACUUUUAACACUUUACAAACAUUCAGAUUAACUAUGGCAGAGACGUUAACUAUGAACAAAAUAUUAAUAUGAUGAAGUUACACAGAUUUAUCGCAAAACACACACGCGAUCCAUUAUUAUACAUUUAAGAUAUUAGAUUUUAGUCUGAAAACAUAACCAAUUGUAAAUAUUUUUGCUGUUUCGUUAUAUUUACCAGAAAUGACACAGGAAUAGUAGAGCCAUUGAUAAAAAUCAGUUGCGAUUUUGAAAACAAAAUGGAACUCUUCAUUUUGACGAAGGGCAUGACAUCGAUUACAGUAUGAUUAUCGCCAAUUCUCCCUUCGAAAUGGAAAAACAGUUCAAAGCAGCGGAAAUUCAGCGGUACUUUUAGCUAAAUUGAAGGAAAGAAUGCAUUUUCCGAAGGGAAAAGAUAGUAUCAACAAUAAAAAUGGGUAAAAAUGUUCGCAAAGAAGAACAUUUUUUCCUCGCAAGUUUAUAGUUAAUCCAUACCGUAUUUCAUUUGGAUUCUUUAAAAAUAUUCCCUGUUGUAGGAAGUGACUGACUCAUCACAGUGCGUUUUCUUUGAUUCGAAGCCGAAAAAAAUGAAAUUCUGACAAAUUCGAUUUCGGUUGGAAUUUUCUUGAAAAAUUUUAGUAUUUUCGAAAAGAUCUCAAUGUGUCCCUUCUACCAUUUUUGAGAUUUCCUUGAGGCUUUCGUAUUAUUUUUGAGAUUUUCGUGAUAAUUCAAGCUCAGAUUGCGAUUCUCGGCAACUUUGAACUAAAGAAGGUCUGUACUUCAAUUUUGUAUGAAAGAAAGUCGUCAAUCGAUCAUUGCUAGUGAUUUUGAUCAAUUGAAAGCAGCGAAUACCAAUCACUAAUUGAAAGUGACCCGAAAAAGUCGAUCAUACCAUACAAUUGGUAUACAAGCCAGUCACUUCGCUUGCACACAGGAAUUAUCCAAACAAAUCUCUUUUGAAGCACUUUAAUUCGAAGCGUGAUGUAAAUUUCAAAAUGCGAUCUCUUUUCAUAAUUUGAAUAUAAGACCACAUAAAGUGACGUUGUGUUUUCAACCACUUUCGGCAGAUUAUUAUCGUCUUGGAAGACCAAUACAUAAGUUUCCAAUUGCGUAAUGUCGAGUGUGGGCACUUUGUGUUAAAUUGAAGUGUAUGUAAUACAGAUAAAACUUCGUCAAUUGAAGUGUUUCAAAAACGAUUUGAUUUAGAUCUAAAGUUAUAUCAAUACCAUGAAUUUCACCUUUUUAAUCCAUUGAACCAUUGUAACCGCCGUCUUCACAGAUUUAAUCAAAAACAAAAUAGAAAACAAUUCGGUGAACGCAUAUUCACAAUUCCAUUUGUUGUUUAAUGGCGACAUCUCAAUUACAAAUAAUUCAUUAUAGAUAUAGAAAGCUCACCUCCGGGCGACGGGAAAUCAUAGUUAAGCAGAAGCCUUCUAUCUGCCAGAACGUCUCUCUCUAUUUCAAAGAAAAACUGAUGAAGCUUUGGUCUUCUCGGAGUGAGAAGUGCUUUUGUUUGGCUCAAUUUCCAAGAAGUCCGUGCACUAUUAUAUUUUCGGAUGAAACAUUCAACCAACUUACAACCAAUAUUAACUAUUAACUAUUAGAGUUUAAUAAUGUAAUUGUAAACCGAAAAUAAAGUCACUCUCAGCUCAUAUGUGCAGUGGUCAGACAGUAAAA